UUAGAUAUAAACCAUAGAACAGGAAUGAAAUUUGAUCUUUUUAUCCUCUCACUCGCAUUGCGUCUUCUGAAUGUCUUGACCCUUAAGGAUCCCAUUUGCGGUCUGUCGCCUAGAGUGAAUAGAUGCAUAACGGGAAAGGAUUCUCUAGUAUUGUAUGGUUAUAGUGAAUCCCGAAAUAUUUGUUACAAAAUCAAGAAUCCCUGUCAAACCUUAAUCAGAAGAUUUGCGACAAAAGAUAUCUGCAAGAAGUUGUGCGAGGAGGAGCUGGCAAAAGAAUGAACAUGUUUUGUUAUUAACAUAAUCACAAGCUGUAUGAACUGCAAUAAA